UCCCUCUGCCACCUUCUGGUCGGCAAACCAAUGCUUAUAUCUAUAACACUUCAAUCCUCCCUUCACUCCACCUCUCUCUCUCUCUAGAACUCAGUGUGUGUUGUGUGUUUUUGUCUCUUGUCUCUGUCCUUUCCCUCUAUUUUCAUGAAACUUACCCUCUUCCCACACUGUGCUUAAAUUCCCCCUCUCCUCUCCCUCAACCAGUUCAACAGUUUUAUGUUUUGCAGUAGCCCUACACAAUUUCCCUCUUCUGUUUCUUGUCCUUGCUUCAUAAAGUUGUAAUCUUUUCAAGAUUUCCCUGCAAAAAAGGAAAUUGUGAGGUGGGGUUGUGGAAUUUGAAGAGAUGAUUAACGUGAUGCAUUCAUUGAGCAAGCCCAUGAAUCAGAUGGAGAAUUGCUUGGACCCUCAGCUGUGGCAUGCCUGUGCUGGUGGGAUGGCUCAAAUCCCACCCCCAAAUUCCAAGGUCUAUUAUUUCCCUCAAGGUCAUGCUGAACAUGCUAAUGAGAAUGUUGAUUUCAUGAAAUUUCCGAGAAUCUCACCUCUUGUGUUGUGUAGAGUAGCCUCUAUUAAGUACUUGGCUGAUUCUGAGAGUGAUGAGGUUUUUGCUAAAAUCAGGCUAGUGCCUUUGGUAGGGAGUGAUUCUGAUGUGUGUGAGGAUGAGAGAGGGUUUGAGAGGAGUGAGGAGGCAGAGAAAGCCAAUUCAUUUGCAAAGACAUUGACACAGUCUGAUGCAAACAAUGGGGGUGGUUUCUCUGUCCCUAGGUAUUGUGCUGAGACCAUAUUUCCUAGGUUGGAUUACUCUGCUGAGCCCCCUGUUCAGACAAUCUUGGCUAAGGAUGUUCAUGGGGUGGUUUGGAAGUUUAGGCACAUCUAUAGGGGGACUCCUCGCCGCCAUCUCCUGACGACCGGAUGGAGCAAUUUCGUGAACCAGAAGAAGCUCGUGGCAGGGGAUUCAAUCGUGUUCUUGAGGGCGGAGAAUGGGGAUCUGUGUGUGGGGAUACGGAGGGCCAAGAGGGGGAUUGGUGGUAGUGCUGAGGUCUCGUGUGGAUGGAACACGGGCAUCCCAGCCUUGCAAGGGGGCUUCUCGGGUUUUCUUGGUGAGAGUGUCGGCCUUGGUGGUAGGAGAGGGGGUGGGGCUGAGUUGGGGUUGAAGGAGAGGGAUAAUGUGAAGGCUGAGGCUGUUGUUGAGGCAGUGAGUGUUGCUGCUAAUGGCCAGCCUUUUGAGGUUGUUUACUAUCCUCGUGCUGGCUCGCCUGAGUUUGUGGUUAGGGAGUCGGCUGUUAGGGCUGCCUUGAGGGUGCAGUGGUGCUCGGGGAUGAGGUUUAAGAUGGCGUUUGAGACAGAGGAUUCGUCGAGGAUCAGCUGGUUUAUGGGAACCAUUUCGGCCGUUCAAGUCGAUGAUCCGAUCCAUUGGCCUAAUUCCCCUUGGAGACUUCUUCAGGUGGUUUGGGACGAGCCUGAUUUACUACACAAUGUGAAGAGAGUGAACCCUUGGUUGGUUGAAUUAGUAUCAACUAUGGCAGCAGGCCACAGCCACGGCCUCUCCCCGUUCUCUCCACCAAGGAAGAGGCCGCGGCUGCCUCAGCCAACCGAGUUCCCCUACGGACAGUUCCCGAUGGGGACACUCGUUACCAACCCCCUCAGUCCUAGCAGCCCCUUGUGUUGUCUACCCGAACACAUCCCUGCAGGCGUACAGGGAGCCAGGCAUGCUCGAUUCGAACCACCCCCGUCGGAUCUCCAGUACACGAAACUGCAGCCUUUCGAUUUCAAGCUGCUCGACUACGCUGGUCAAUUUCCUAGACUCCUCUCCAGCUACCCUACCUCGUCUUCCUCGAUGAAAACGGGGAGUUCCACGAAGAAAAGCAACGAGGCCAAGGCACCGAUGUUUCUUCUGUUCGGGCAGCCGAUUCUCACUGCUGAGCAAAUCUCUCAGAGCCACUCUGAAGGCAACAACAGCUCAGAUGGGAAUCAAGAUAACACAGCAAACGUUUCCAACGGCUCGGGGUCGGCUGUCAUUCAGAAUUUCCCACCGGAGGCCUCCUCUGAUGGCGAAUUUGGCAUGGAGAGAUCGGAGAUGUCGAGCAACGUGCUCUACAACGACGCUCGUGGAAACACGAAACACAUCGGAGACGAGCCCUUCGGUGAUUUCAUCAAGAAUGCUAGAAGGCUAACGAUUGUUAUGGAUUCGGGCAGUGUCAAUCUUGGAAACUAGAGGCGAAUUUGAUCGAUUAUUAUUAUUAUUAUUAUUAUUAUUUCAAUUUUCAAUUGUACAGUUUGAUCAAACUUACGUUGUAGGUUUAUAAUUUUUAAGUAGUGGGAAAAUCCCUUUCAAUCGAACUUCGUACUAUUUGUUUUUUUAUGCAA